GUUUUAAAAGUUGUAAACCAUGCCAGUGGCAAGCCUUGAACUGGAUUUAUUGCGCAUCUCUGGGCAGAGAGCCUGUACAAGGUGUUUGGGAGCAUACAUAGGAAGUAAAAAAAAAAAAAAAAAAACUGGUCUCUGCCUCCAAGGAGCUAAUCUAAUGGGGAAGAUAAGCAAACAUAAACUGCCAAACUCACAAUAGAUAAAUGAUACAAAUGAGAAAAACAGAAGCAAACUACUGAAUAAUUAGAUAACAUUAAGCAGAUAUGCACUGCGAUGUCUAUAAACAGACAUCCUGCUGAUGGUAACAGGAAAUCAGGAGACCUGGGUUCUGCCAUUUUGGAGCCACGCUAUCAGUGCUGAAGUUUAUGGGCCCACCUCCUCACCCUCCCCCCCCCCAAAAGAAAAUUCACCCAAAGGUGUUGCGAGAUGGACAUGCCCAGAAGAAAUCCUGAAGGAUAGCUGGCCAAGACUGCAGUGGAUACCAAGGUUCCCAGUCCUGAAGUAUAAGGAUCGAGGCUCAUCCAUCUCAUUCCCACCAGAAAACUCCAUCAUUUUAAACUAUGUAUAUGCUUUAUACAGGACUACUGCAUCUCAGCAGGUGAUUAAGGAUUUAUCAGGUCUUCCCUAUGCUGGAUGUAUCACAAGUCAAAAAGACAGGACUUCUUCCCUAAGUGUCUGGCAAAGCAGAUAUGAGCAUCGUCAGAAGGACAUAAUUAAUCUAUAUGAAACAAGAGUCAUGAAGGGAUAUGAAGAUACAGCAAGACAAUCCGAUCGAGGGCUCGAUAUAACUUCAAGAAUGCCAACAAGAGAUCCAAGCAUUCAGAUACUACUGUUGCUGAUGGCUAAAGAAAAUGACACGUAAUUUAAGAGGCAUUUCUAUAUGAACAAGACCUUCAGGUUUCCCCAGCUGGCCAGCUUCCUUCACUCCUAACCAUUAAGACAUGGACAUUCCCGUUUGAGAGGCUUUCUAUAGAAGUAAUCAAAGUAUCCAAGGAGGAGAAAACUUUGUCUGCUAGAUUUAUAAUCCGCAAGGACAAAUAAAUAAGCAUCCUAUCCUAGUCCCUGACAGGUUAAAAUGGAUGAACAAGCCAUAAGAAAAAGGAGAUAUGAAGGAAAUGGACGAGAGGAUGAGCAAUCUUGCAAGGGUAAAGAAGUCAAAAGUACAAGUCUCCAAAAAGAGGUGGGUCUGAUUAGUGGGAUCUGUGUUAUUGUUGGCACCGUAAUUGGCUCCGGAAUCUUUAUUUCACCCAAAUCUGUGCUAAGCAACAUCGGUGCCGUGGGGCCUUGUUUGAUCAUCUGGACGGCCUGUGGGAUUCUUGCUACAUUAGGUGCACUGUGUUUUGCUGAACUUGGCACAAUGAUCACCAAAUCUGGGGGCGAGUACCCUUACUUGAUGGAGGCCUUUGGUCCCAUUCCUGCCUACCUGUUUUCCUGGACUAGUUUAAUGGUCAUAAAGCCCAGCUCCUUUGCCAUCAUUUGCCUCAGUUUCGCCGAAUAUGUCGCCGCUCCGUUUUAUCCCGGAUGCAAGCCCCCUUCCAUCGUCGUCAAGUGUCUCGCGGCGGCUGCCAUCAUAAUCAUCACGACAGUAAAUGCCCUCAGUGUCAAGUUGGGUAGCUACGUCCAGAAUUUUUUCACUGCGGCGAAACUGAUCAUUGUGGUCAUCAUUAUCAUCAGUGGCAUUGUCCUUCUGGCACAAGGGAAUACAAAAAAUUUUGAAAAUUCUUUUGAUGAAGCUAAGGUGUCACUGGGUGCUAUCAGUUUGGCAUUUUACAAUGGACUGUGGGCAUAUGAUGGAUGGAAUCAGCUAAAUUAUAUUACUGAGGAACUGAAAAACCCCUACAGAAACCUUCCCUUGUCUAUAAUUAUUGGAAUCCCCCUUGUAACAGUGUGCUAUGUGCUGAUUAAUGUUUCCUACUUCACUGUAAUGACCUCAACAGAACUCUUGCAGUCCCCAGCUGUAGCAGUGACUUUUGGCGACAGAGUUCUCUAUCCUGCUUCCUGGGUCGUUCCUUUAUUUGUGGCAUUUUCAACGAUUGGCGCUGCCAAUGGAACCUGUUUCACAACGGGCAGACUGGUUUACGUGGCAGGCCGUGAAGGCCACAUGCUAAAGAUUCUCUCUUACAUUAGUGUCAAGCGCUUAACGCCUGCACCGGCAAUCAUCUUUUAUGGCAUAAUAGGCAUUAUUUAUAUUAUUCCUGGAGAUAUUAAUACCUUAAUCAACUACUUUAGUUUUGCUGCAUGGGUCUUUUAUGGAUUGACUGUAUUUGCACUGAUUGUUAUGAGGUUCACAAGAAAAGAUCUUGAGAGGCCAAUCAAGGUGCCCAUUGUCAUUCCCAUCUUGGUGACUUUAAUCUCAAUAUACCUGGUUUUGGCUCCAAUCAUCGGUGAACCGGCAUGGGCAUACCUAUAUUGCGUCAUAUUUAUUCUGAGUGGUCUCAUAUUUUACUUCCUUUUUGUGUACUACAAGUUCAGCUGGGCUCAAAGAAUCUCAAAACCUAUCACCAUGCAUCUCCAGAUGCUCAUGGAAGUUGCUCCCCCAGAAGACGAUCCUGAAUAAUACACUGAAAUUUCUAGUGCCUCGAGUUAAGGCGUAGGAUGAAUAUAUUUUUAUAUGGAAGGCUUGUGAUAACUGUAAUUCGUUUUUUUUUCCUGAUGUGCGUAAGUUUUCCCAACAGUAAAUAUAUUCAGAUAUUUGUAAUAUCUUAAUACUUUCGGAGAACUCAAAAGUUCUCUGAGCCUGGAGCUCUAUGUGGUAGAAGCCACUGGCUGUUUGCUAUAAAACCAGCACUGUGGUGGUCGGUCAAAAUUAGUUAUGGAGCGAGAACGCUUCACUGACCUAAUUUGAGAGGUAUUAAAUAAAAUGUCACUAUUGUUGUAGUAGUUAUUUAACAAGGGGAAACUCCUCAUUUAUUUAAAAUGAUUGUCAUUAAAAGUAUGUUCUUUAAACUCCAACUUGUUUACGAUUAAACCUUUUUUAAAAUGUAA